AUGGGUUCUCAACAGAACUACGGCGCCAGCUACCCCACUUCGGAGCCCAAACUCUGCGCCAAUAACUGCGGUUUCUUCGGCACUCCCGAAAACGGAAACUUCUGUUCUAAAUGCUACAAGCAACUUUGUGUCCAGGUGCCGCCUUCUGCAAUAAACUCUCUCUUACGUCUCUCCGCGCCUCCAGCGCUUCCUGACGCGGCAAAGCCAUCCUCUUCGGCGGAGCAGUCGCCGCCGUGCGCGGCUGAGCCUUCCAAACCUAAGAAUCGGUGUGGGUGUUGCAACAGAAAAGUGGGUUUAACCGGGUUCGUGUGCAAGUGUGGGACCACCUUCUGCGGGGUGCACCGUUACCCGGAGAAGCACCAGUGCACCUAUGACUUCAAAACUGCGGGGCGUGAAGCGAUUUCUAAGGAAAAUCCUACGAUAAAGGGUGAGAAGGUUCAACGGUUUUAGGUUCUUCUAGGGUUAGUGUUCUUUUAUAUUGACCCAACUUAUGGGUGUGGUCUUUGUAAUAUUUAGUGCAAGAUUUAUAUGCCGU